AACGGUCAGUCAGACGCAGCAGAUGCAAUCUGCUGUACUGUUAUCCGACCGGACAGGAAAAUUUAAUAGAUUUGUGCUUCUUUGAGAUUAAUUUGAUAGAUAAGUGGUAAAAAAUAAUAUUUUGGGUCACUUUUAAUUUUAUUCACAAAAAUACCGUAGCGACAUGAUUUAGACGAGCUGUUGUUGCUGUAGGCUCCGGGUUAAGAUCACUUCCCAUUAGUUUGCGUUGUGAAAUCUCCACUCCGGGAAUAAGACAUCCAGGGACUGUGGAGGUGGAUGUUGAGAAGACUGCGGGAAGCGCCGGUACGCUGUGACUGGGCUCAGGCGAACUGAGCUGCGCACCGCCGCUUUAGGUGCAGAAGAGAGACGGACGAUGGGUCAGCUGUGGAGGCGAGAUGUGCCAUUAUUGGAGAACUUGGGGAACAGCUCUGUAGUCGGCAUGGCAUCGGACCAGGACCCAGGGACAGUGUCCACCCGGGGUCAGAACAGGUCUUGGGUGCCUGAGACACCACUGGUGACACCAGAGGAGCCUAUCUUCCUGAUGACUCCUGCAGCACAGACCAUUUCGGGGUUAUUUGUGUGGACUGCACUAAUAGUUACCUGCCACCAGAUCUAUAUGCACCUGCGCUACUACAGCUCUCCCAAUGAGCAGAGACACAUAGUGCGCAUCCUCUUCAUCGUGCCCAUCUAUGCUGUCGACUCCUGGCUCAGCCUCCUCUUCUUCACCAAUGAGGAGUACUACGUCUACUUCGACACGGUCCGCGACUGCUACGAAGCGUUUGUGAUCUAUAACUUCCUGAGCCUGUGUUAUGAGUAUCUGGGUGGAGAGAGUGCCAUCAUGGCGGAGAUCCGAGGGAAGCCCAUUGAGUCCAGCUGUGUGUAUGGCACAUGCUGUCUGUGGGGUCGAACCUACUCCAUUGGUUUCCUGAGGUUCUGUAAACAGGCCACUCUGCAGUUCUGUGUGGUGAAGCCUCUGAUGGCAGUGAUAACAGUCAUUCUGCAGGCUUUUGGAAAAUACAGAGAUGGAGACUUUAAUGUGGCGAGUGGCUAUCUGUAUGUGACGAUUAUCUAUAACAUCUCGGUCAGCCUAUCUCUGUAUGCGCUGUUUCUGUUCUACUUUGCCACGAGGGAGUUGCUGGUACCCUACAGCCCCAUGCUCAAGUUCAUCAUGAUCAAAUCCGUCAUCUUCCUCUCCUUCUGGCAGGGUAUGCUCCUGGCUAUCCUAGAGAAGUGUGGAGCAAUCCCUAAAAUUGAUUCUCCUGACGUGAGUGUUGGGGAGGGGACUGUUGCCGCCGGCUACCAGAACUUCAUUAUCUGCAUUGAGAUGUUUUUUGCCGCUGUGGCCCUCAGACACGCCUUCACCUACAGGGUCUACAUGGACAAGAGACUGGACUCCUACGGAUCCUUCCCUGUCUAUGGACAGUACGGUCGUUGUGCUCCUAUGAAGAGCAUCUCCAGCAGUUUGAAGGAAACUAUGAACCCCGGAGACAUUGUCCAGGAUGCCAUCCAUAACUUCUCACCAGCAUACCAGCAGUACACACAGCAGAGCACGCUGGAACAGCCUGGAGAGACCACGCUCACCCGCAGCCUCAGCUGUUCCUUCAGCACACGAGACCACGAGAAGACCCUGCUGCUCAGCUCUGAUGAUGAGUUCUGAGAGACACAGGGCAAAAGACAAGGAGAGCAAGACAGAGAGAAAAUCAGGGAAAGAGACAGAGAAAGACAGAAAGAGAGAGGUAGGGAGAGAGUGCCACACAGAGAGGGAGAUGGUUUGGCUUCUAAAACUAAUACCAUUAAUUCUACUUUCAUUUUAGUCAGUAUGACGAUGUGCCAAAAUUCCUGGACACCACAUAUGUCCUUCCAGAUGCUUUAGACAGUUAAUGUUUUAGAAUCUCUACCAUAGUGUGGGGCAUCAAUGAAGUUUAUCUUGUUAAAAACUCACAUAUGCAUACACACACACAUACAUACAUACAAUUUAUGCCCCUACAGAGACAUUAUCAUACAUUUUAGUGAUUUCUAAAACUGCAUCGCAUUGCCUUUUCCAGAAGUCUGCAUGGACAAACACGCUUCAUAAACCUGUGCUGAAUUAAACAACACUUUAUUUGCACUUAAAUAACACCUAUAUAUCAAAUCCCAAAGAACAGUAGGUCAGUACACUUACACAACCACCCAUUUCAUUCAGAUGAACAUACUUUGUUGAUGAGUAUGUGUGUGCAGUAGUGAGCUCAGCUGAUCAUGUGCAGGCUGAUUAUCAAACCCAGUCUCUCCUGCGAUGUCUCUCUUUGAUGUCACUCUCUGAUGUCUUUCUCUGACAUUUCUCCUGUGACAUCCAUGACAUCUCUCCUUUGACAUCUGUCCUCUGACGUCUCUCUCUCUGGGACACGGUGCUGCCAAACAGGAGAACCCUACACCACACCCCACAGACACCAUCAAAUUCACGCAGUGACUGGCUGGAGUGCCAUCUGACUAAGACUGUGGCAUUCUGGGUAACCACAUUCUGACUGAGACUCUUCUACUGUGGCUGUAAUUCUAAGAAUAUUAGCUAGUACUGCUCCCCUUGGCUUAGGCUGUGGUUGUAAAGCCCUUUCCAGCAUGGGUACUGCUCCCAAACUCCUCUCUUUCUGUUGAAGAAGGUCACCCUCUUGUGGCAGAGGACAGAGCUGCAUGGCUGAAGUAGAAGCUGAAGCAGUGCCCCAGCACCAUGACUGGGAGUGUACCAGUGCCCACCCCUGCACCAUGAUUGAGGGUGCAUAAGUGUCCACCCCCUACACUGUGAUUUGCUGAAACAGUGGGAUAUUUUAAGACUUAAGGUGAUCACCCCAGUGGUCAGUCUUAUACUGUGUCUACCUUCAGGCUCUUGUGAACAGCAGAGACGAUACUAAGACUGCAGUCACUGUGUCAGCGUCCUCCAGGACUGUGCGUGACAUUAUUCAAACACACUGCUGCAGAGGCUUUAAUGAAGCAGCUGUGCUGGUCAGAGAGGGGAUCACCUACUUUUCCUAUCAGAGUUUCAGAGCAGUAAAUAGCCACUGGAUGGCAGCAUUGCGCUGUUAGUGCACAUGAUGCGCAGAGGAGCGGCGUUGCAAGUUUGAAAGCAUUAACAAGUUUCCUUAUUAAGACUCUUCCUCUCAUAAUUAAUGGCAGUGCACCGUCUGUUCAAUGGAGACACCAGUAAUUUGACAGUUAUAAACAGAAUCCUCAUCUAUUUCUGUAACUGGCUUUAAAGCCAAUAAGAAUGUACAGUGCUGACCUCUCUGCUUAAAAAAAGCCAAACCUGCAUUAUGUGCAUUACAUAAAUGAUAAGCUGCUUUAACAUAGAAAUUGAUAUUCUUUGGUCUGAAUCUCCAUAUAUGUAUAUAAAUGCAGACGGUAUGAUGAUUAGUAAGUUGUUAAUAGUUAACUGCUGGUUCAGGUGGAACAGAACCUGCAAACAGACAAGAUGAGAUUUUUAGGCCUUAAUUCAGGCGUCUAGUUUUGUACUGCCAGUCUUCUAAAUAUGACUCUUACAUUUUUGUUUGUGCUCUUGGUGUUCGGUAUAGAGCACUGAGCAUUUGCUUCGUGUUUGUGGGGUGGAAUAAAGAGAACUACAGCA